CGAAAGGCUUAGCUUCUAAUCAUGUCAGGGCGCGGUAAGGGAGGCAAAGGCCUUGGAAAAGGAGGAGCUAAAAGGCACCGGAAGGUUUUGCGCGAUAAUAUCCAGGGCAUCACUAAGCCCGCUAUCCGUCGCUUGGCCCGCCGUGGAGGUGUUAAGCGCAUCUCUGGUCUCAUCUACGAAGAGACCCGCGGGGUGCUCAAGGUUUUCCUGGAAAAUGUGAUCCGGGACGCCGUCACCUACACGGAACAUGCCAAAAGGAAGACUGUCACGGCGAUGGAUGUUGUCUAUGCCCUCAAGCGCCAGGGCCGCACCCUCUACGGCUUCGGCGGCUAAGUAGAUCUAUCCUUCUCAGGA